AUGAGUUUUCACAAGUUUCCUGCUAGCAUUUUAAAGGGAUCCAGUCACAGGCAGAACACCACACAGUGUGUUAAAGAAAAUAAUGGAAUAACAAAAAUUUUUUUAAAAGAUUUAAUAAAAGAAUCGUCCCUCCAAAAUGCAACUGUUGUAUCGAACAAAAAUACAGAAAAUAAGGAAAUAAAUGUGCAAAAAAAUGAAAAAAAUGAAUCCUUUAACGUGACCUAUACUUGGGAAACGGAUUCAAUAAGUAUUUACUGCAGAGACAAACAGCUGUUUGCAAAAAAAAGAAGCGUUUUGUUUCAUAUGGUGACCUUUAAUCAUGGUCUGAAAUCAAGUAUCGUAGAAGAACUAAAGGUGUGUCCAACUAUCCUUAGCAAGAAAAGUUCAGAUGAAAGGUUAGAAUUUAUUAACAAUUUUAAUGCAGAAAAAAGUACACAAGGAGGUGUAGAAAAUGGGACAGAAAUUCUGGCAGGAAAGCAGAUAGAAAAGGAAUCCGAAAGAGAAAACGAAAAAGAGUGUUGUAAUAAUUACGAAUUGAUUAAACUUGAAAUAGAAUUUGUCGCAACAUUGAAUUUACUAACAUUUGAAGAAUUGGAAGUAUUAUUUUAUUUUUUUUUUCCAGAGAAAAUGUUUUCAUUUAAUGAAUAUAAAGAUAAGGAGAACAUUAUUGAGCAUUUUUUACAAAGCAUAAGUUCAGUUUCGAUGAAGUAUUCUUCCAUAAUUAAAUCAGGUAUGUCAUAUAACGAACAUACGCUUAACAAACAUGCGAAAUUCACCACUUUGAAAGAAUACCUGAAAAAGUUAAAAGAUUCAGAGGAAGAGAUAAAUAAUUCGACAUAUGAUCCAAAGAUAGAGGAGAACCCCGUGACAUCUUACGAGAGAAGUAAUAAAAAUAAGGAGAGUGAAGAAAGGAAUAUUCAUUUAGACGACGAAGAAAAAAUAGGUUCAGGAGGAGAAGAUAAUCCGGGUACUACCAUUAAAGCAGUGGCAAAAAAUACAGGAAAUGAUGAACAUGAAGUAUCUGAAGAAAGGGGGAUUGAGAGCAUGAUGCAUAAGAUAUCAAAUGUGGUGAGCCAAGUAACAGAAAAUAUGAAAUACAAUCAAAUCGAAAGUACAGAAAAAAAACUAAUUGGAGAAGAAACCUCUGCGCUUCGCAAAAGCGGAGUGAAAGGUGGAAAAAAGAGAGCACGAAAAAAACAAUUGGGCUUAGAUCCAGAUGCAGAAAUUUUGAAUCCAAAGAAUCAUAUAAUGAUAAACAUAAAAGAUUUUGACAUUUUUAAGCACAAUGAUAAUAUAUUUAUCAACUUGAAUGCACUUAGAGAAAUGAAAAUAGACACUGAGGUAAAAAAGAAAAGUGACACUUUUCUCACAUGUAUCGAUUCAGAAACAGUGAUACACCCAAGCAAUAUAAGUUCGACCAAAACAGACACAACCAAAACAGACUCGACCAAAGCAGACACAACCAAAACAGACACAACCAAAACAGACACAACCAAAGCAGACUCGACCAAAGCAGACACAACCAAAACGGACACAACCAAAACAGACACACUCCAUGUAGAUGUAAACGUUAAAAAUACGGAUGACUCGGAUAAAAAAUUAUUAUUAGAUGGGAUAAAGGAUACUCAAACGAAUAUAAUACCUACUGGUGAAGGAAAAGAUAACAAUAUGAGCACUCCACUAAGAAUGAAUAAAGCGAUCAAAAGGUUCAUAAAAAAGAAUGACAUAAAUAAAAAAAGAAUUACGAAGGUGUGUAAAAAUGCACAAGAAGGUGAGGAAAAUUGUAUGAUAGGAAUUAGUCAACUGAGAAAAAAAAAAAAAAUAUGUGAUAUGCAUACGGACAACAAUUCCAUUCAAAUAAUUUUACCUUCGCCAAAUGUUGCUGAACAAGUUGUAGUAAGAGAGCACUUAUGUAGAGGACAUAUCGUGACAGAAAAAUACAAUUCGGAAAUUUUCCUUAGCGAAAGUAAAAUUAUAAAGGGUUAUGAAUAUAAGGAUGCAGUAAAAAGUGAUAAUAAAAAUAGGAAUAGUGGAAAUUCCCCCAAAAACAGAAGCAGUAUUAUUAGUGGUACCCCAAUCGGGGUCGGGGGCACUGAAAAAGAAAUAAGGUAUAAUGACGAAUUAGACAAUGCAAGAAAUGUAGAAACGGAUGAAGAUACACAUGAAAUAAAAGAUGAUACUAUUCAUUCGCUUCAAGUGGGUUCUGGUAAUCCAUAUACAAAGAAUAAUGACUCAUUUGAUCAUGAAGGAAGUAUUCAGGUGAUUCCUUUAGGGGAAAGGGAUUCUAAAUUGGUAACUUCUGAAAUAAUUGACCACAAAAAUGUAAAGAAAAAAAAAAAAAACAUAAUGGAAAAGAAUAAACCUCAAAUACAGAUGGGUGUAAACCUCACCAUUAGCGAAAAGACCAACAUUAGUAUUCACCAUAAUGAAAUAAACAAAAAUAAAAAGACUCCAAUGAACAAAAUAAUAAAAAAAAGGGGACUUAAUAAUUCACGAAAGGAAGGAAAAACAAAGUGCAGCAGUGUAUUAUCUGUGCGAAAAAACAGAAACGUAAAAAGUAACAAAUGUGUUUGCCACCGAAUGGGUAAUGAAGCCAUAUGCAAUUAUGUUCAUAAACAUAGCAUAAAGCGAAAAGCAUUUAAUAAAAAAAAAGAAUGUGGUAAAAAUUCCAAUCAUAAGGGGGAUAGUUAUUUUGUGGAAAAGAAAUCGAACGUAUUCUUGAAAAAACAAUUAAACAACAACAUAUCAGUAGGUGAAAAAUCUGAAAAUAGACGCAAUUUUUCAAAAAUAGAAAAUAAACAAUUGUGUGAUUUAUCGACAGAUAACAUAAUUCAACAUAAUGUCAUGAAUCUAACGUACACACGUUCUUGCAGACUUCACAGAUACAUUAGGGGUUGA